GAGGCUUCGUUCUGUAGGUAAAGCGAGGUAGAAUCUGUUAGGGCUGUUAGGUUUGAUCGGUCUGGUAUUGGAAUUGGUAGUGUGUGCGCUCAAUUUUGUGAUUCAAGGAGCUGAGCAGGAGCAGAGUGAACACUGAUUCUUACAUAUCAUUCGAUCUACGGGAAACUGAAAAUAACACCGAAAGGAGUCUAAUAUUGGCCGAGAUAUAGUGGAAGCAGUAAUUGGAUACUGCAAGUGGUGAUAAUUGUAAGGAUGCAGAUCUUUGUGAAGACUUUGACCGGAAAAACCAUCACUCUUGAAGUGGAACCAUCAGACACCAUUGAAAAUGUAAAAGCAAAAAUUCAGGAUAAGGAAGGAAUUCCUCCUGAUCAGCAGCGUUUGAUUUUUGCAGGAAAGCAGUUGGAAGAUGGUCGCACACUUUCUGACUACAAUAUACAAAAAGAGUCCACCUUGCACUUGGUGCUGCGUCUGCGCGGUGGCAUGCAGAUAUUUGUUAAGACCCUGACCGGAAAGACGAUCACUCUGGAGGUAGAGCCUUCAGAUACCAUUGAGAACGUGAAGGCAAAGAUCCAGGACAAGGAAGGUAUCCCUCCUGACCAACAGCGACUUAUCUUUGCCGGCAAGCAGCUGGAGGAUGGACGCACACUUUCAGAUUACAACAUACAGAAGGAGUCCACCUUGCACUUGGUGCUGCGUCUGCGCGGUGGCAUGCAGAUAUUUGUUAAGACCCUGACCGGAAAGACGAUCACUCUGGAGGUAGAGCCUUCAGAUACCAUUGAGAACGUGAAGGCAAAGAUCCAGGACAAGGAAGGUAUCCCUCCUGACCAACAGCGACUUAUCUUUGCCGGCAAGCAGCUGGAGGAUGGACGCACACUUUCAGAUUACAACAUCCAAAAAGAAUCAACCCUGCAUUUGGUCCUUCGCCUCCGAGGCGGGUUCUGAACAUUCCACUUCAUAUUUUAUAGCACUAGCUUACAUUUUUAGUGUGUAGGCAUUUAGUUGAAUUUUCUUACUCUUCAGUUACAUUUUAGUUACCCUUAAUGACAGUAAAUUGUCAGAGAUAAUUGAUUAAAUAGAAUGAAUAGCACUGUAUAAACUUAUGUUCUUAAAAUUUGUGCUUCAGUACUGUUAUAAAUGUGUAAAACUUCAAAUGUACUCUUUCUGCUGUAAUAAAACUUGUAAAAAUUA